UGCGUCUCGUAAAGCUGCCUUUUUUAAUGGGAGCCUUCGCUGCCCCUUUUCGCUUUACCUCUCCAAUGCGCGAGUCUCCUCCGAUCUAGGGUUAAGGUUUCUGCGAGGCGCAUCUCUGCACCAGAAUUUGGCCGAGUUAUGGUGCCGGAGAUUGCCGCCGUAAUCGAGAAGCCCAUUUCUCCCCUCGUCCUCCGUUUCCUUCUCCCCCUUAUUGUACUCGCCUGGUCGUCGAUGUCUUGAGAUUGGUUUCGCUUUCCCGUUUCUGGGACAGUUGUUCUGGAGAGAAGAUGCAUCCUGGUUCUGAUACUGGAAGCACAGAAACGUACAUGAUGCCUGGUGUUGGGACCAUUCCAAAUGCCACUAUGAUUCCUCCACUGGCUGGCACAGAGUUUAUGGGUAAUGAACUGCAUCCAGAAUAUACUUUUGACCGAAGACCGAACUAUCCUGCUGCCAACCAUUAUGGCUAUCUUUGUCCUGCAUAUGAAUCGCCUGGUGAAUGGGGUGACCACCAUGGCAUUUUUGGGUUAGAUGGACAAGAUCUUCAUUACAUGGGUCUGCAAGCUGAAAGUUUGCCUUAUGUGUAUUACUCCCCUGGCUAUGUAUAUGCUCAGUCUCCCUUCAACCAAUAUACGUCUUAUGUACCUGGUGCUGUUACAGGUCUAGAUGGUUCAUUUUUAGGAACACAACAGUAUCUGAGUAGUCCCUCAUACCAACCCCCAAUUUCUUCACCUGCAUAUAUUCCAGUUAUUGUUCAACCUAGUUCUGAUUUUGUGACUAGUAGAUCAAUGGAUCCAUUUCUGUUCGGUGCCAGUACAUCAGUGGCUACUAGACCUACUAAUGUAAGCACAAAAGUUCCAACACAAGCAUCUGUUAGUGUAGCUGCUGCUUCUCAACUGGCAACUUCAAUGAGUCCAUCAGUGAUGUUAGAUACUUCUCAGCCACUACAUAAGAAUCUAGCAGCAUUUAAACCAUCAGAGGGAUCGCAGUUUAACAUUCAACCAAGUAAUCAGUCUUCAUCGCAUGAAUCUAUGAUGCAUGUUAGUGGCACUACUCGGCAUCAGAGUCAUGGUACAGUUGCUGGACCAUCCUCCAGAGGCUUAACAAAUCGGCAGCCAAAUGUUUUUGGGUGGGCCGGUCAGGAUGAGCAGAGACGACGACUCCAAUCUAAAGAUGAUGUUACAGAUGGGGGCAGACACCCUUAUGUUUUAGGGGAACCGAAUAAGGAAAGUAAAAACAGGUUAAAGGAUCAGUCGACCUCAUCAGGUGUUGAGUUAGCUGGUCUAUCUCAAAUAAGUGCUAGUGAUGUUCAAGGAGGAUGCAUUAUUAUCAGCCCUGAUGAUUAUAAUAAGGAUGACUUCCCUGUCAACUAUCCAGAUGCAAAGUUCUUUGUGAUCAAAUCUUACAGUGAGGAUGAUGUGCAUAAGAGUAUAAAAUAUAAUGUAUGGUCAAGUACCCCUAAUGGCAACAAGAGGCUUAAUAGUGCAUAUGAAGAUGCUCAAAGAAAAUCUGCAGGAAAAUCAAGAAAGUGCCCUGUCUUUCUUUUCUAUUCCGUCAAUGCAAGUGGGCAGUUUUGUGGUCUUGCUGAGAUGGUUGGCCCUGUUGAUUUUGACCAGGAUAUGGAUUUUUGGCAGCAAGAUAAAUGGUCUGGCAGCUUCCCUGUGAAGUGGCAUGUGAUCAAGGACGUAUCAAAUGCUAGUCUCCGGCACAUCAUACUAGAGAACAAUGAAAAUAAACCUGUAACUAAUAGCAGAGACACACAAGAGAUACCAUACAGCACAGGCAUUAAUAUGCUGAGUAUUUUUAAGACAAGUUUGCUGAGAACAUCGAUACUUGAUGACUUCAUGUUUUAUGAAGUGCGGCAAAAAAAGAUGAUGGAAGAUAAAAUUAGACAUUUUGGGAGGAGCUACACUGCUUCUCUUCAUGUUCCUGCAGUUGUUGCUCGGAGUGGACCUGAUGGGAAAGCUGACCACCCUCCUAGAGUAGGUGAAAACCAUUCAAGUGCUGUGGUGCAAAUUUCCCAGGCAGUGGAAUAUCAAACUGAUGAUGCAGCAGCACAGCCAUUAAAAUCUAGAGAGAAAAUGCAAGAUGAUUCAGCUUCUAGGCCCCCAAAAAUAGAUGGAAAGCAUUCGGGUGUUGCAGUUGAUAAAUCCCAGAGAACAGAUGGAAAACAGUUUAGUCCUGCUGUCAGCUUGUUGCCUUUCAAAGCGGAUGGGAACAGUUCCACCGAUACAAAAGACCUGCAUUUUAUAACAGGUGGGAUGCAAUCAAGUGAGAUUCAGUUUCCGAUGGGGAAUGCCAAGUCAGAACCUGCAGUAAAUUCUGCAAAACUGGAUGAAAAACAGCAUAGCCUUGUGACGAAUCAGCUGCCAAAAUCAGAAAUUAAACCACCAAGUUUUGCAGUAUCUCCAAGAGAGGAUGGAAUGGAGGCAAAGCAGAAAAUUCAACGAUCUCCAAAGCCAGAUGGGAACCUUAUUAGUCCCAAUGAUGUCAAUAGUGUAGGUAAAACAGGCCCUAGUGGGGGACAGGCGAAGACCAGCGUGCACUCAGAAUCUUCGGAUUUUGAACCCUACUACUUAUCCGGAGACGGCAAAGAUACUAAUGCUAUCAUAAAACCUGGUAUGCGUUCCGUUGAUCCCAAGCAAGGUACAACCAUGGGCUUAGAGGUCAUCCCCCCUGACGUGGUUAAGGUUGGAUCAAUGCAAAUCAAGGUUGACCUUGGUGAAUCUCCCUCUAGGGUUAUGAGUGUCCGGGCAAAGUCUACCGAAUUCAAAGGACCAAGGCUGCACAAGAAGGGUAUGUCGCCUGAUGGUCAGCGACCAAGGAAAUGAUACUGUGGUCUAGAUUGUUUAUCAUGCUAAUUGCUUUUGCUGUUGAUCCUUACUGGUCUCAUUCAUGAUCAUCCAUCCCAUAGUGCCCCAAUAUCUAGGAGCUUUUUUUCUUGAAUCCAUUUGCUCUGCCAGGGUUUUAUCUGCAAGCAGAGUUUAUUUAAUUUUCCAUUUCUCCUUUCUUGUUUUCGAUUGGCUCAGUUAUGUUUUUGGGAAAGGUUUAGGGAGGUGGGGAUUCUUUCUUCACUGUUGAUGAAAAUCUUAUUUUGCGUUCUUACAGGAUGUAACUCUUUUUCUUUUCAUAUGACAUCCAAAAGAUGAAAUGCAACAUAGUGGGAUGAAUUGGUGCA